AUGUCAGAUAAAGAAGCAUUAAAAAUAUUUUCAAGACAACCUGUAUCAUUAGAAAUGAUUGAUUUCUUAGUAUCAACAACAAAUUCAAUAAUUCAAGUUAAAAAAUCCCCAAAAUCAUCAUCAUCAAUUAUAUCCAAUACAAAUACAACUAAAAUAAUUUCAAAUCCAAUAAUUUCAUUAACUGAUUUUAUUAAAAAUUUAAUUAAUUAUUCAAAUGUACAAACACCAACAUUAAUGUCAACAUUAUAUUAUUUAAAUAAAUUAAGAAAUUUUUUACCUGCAAAUGCUGUAGGAAUGGAAACUACAAGACAUCGUAUAUUUUUAUCAUGUUUAAUUAUAGCUGCUAAAAAUUUAAAUGAUUCAUCACCAUUAAAUAAACAUUGGACAAAAUAUACAAAUGGUUUAUUAAAUCUUUAUGAAAUUAAUUUAGCAGAAAGAGAAUUAAUUGAUAUUUUAAAUUGGAACCUUAAAAUAAAUGAAUAUGAAUUAAUUUUAGUAUUACAACCAUUUUUAUUACCUAUUAAACAACAAUUAAUAAAUCAACAACAAAUAAAUUCAUUUAAAAAAUUAAAUUAUUAUAAAUUAUCUCAUAAAAAUUAUAAAAAUUCAAAUAAUUCAAUAAAUUCAUCUUACUCCACAGCUUCAUCAAAUUAUUCAUUAUCUUCUAUUAAUUCAUCAAUUACUAAUAAUUCAGAUUAUGACUAUCAAGAAAGAAUUCCUUUGGCUAAUAAAUCUUUAAAUAAUUUACCUACUUUAUCUAAUAAUUCUGAAAAAAUUGUACCAAUUAUUAAAAAAAAAAGGUCAAUGAUGAAUUAUUUAAAUAAUUCUAGAAUAAUUAAUUAA